CUUUUAUUUUGGGCAUUGCCUAGGCCACUUCGACCCGGAACACAUACAAUGUGGAACUUGUUUUUAAUUUUGUUUCAGUGGAUAUUUGUAUACAUGUUUGUAUAUGGGCGAAAUUGUAAUAGUUUGCAUUUUAAUGUAAUAUUUUGUGCAUUUUUUUUUUUUUUUGGCUGGUCUAUUUCGGUGUUUUUGUGUAUGACCACGCCCACUCUAUACGUUGCGUUCCUGAGUGAAAGGUGUUUGUGCGCGUGAGAAGCUCGUGAACUUGACCAUCAGCGAUGGCGACGCCGGGAGCGAUUCAUUGCUGCUGAGUGUAAAGUGCCCGGUGAUGGUGGUGUACUUGCUCAGGUUUGCUCGCUGGAGGAUAAAGUGGCGUUAAUCACUGGAGCGAGUUCAGGUAUCGGAGCUGGAACUGCUCUACUCUUCGCCAGACUCGGAGCUCAACUCGCUCUUAAUGGCCGUGACAUGGACAAGCUCAGCAAAGUCGCCAAAGAGUGUGAAGAGUGCGGGGGCAAAAAGCCACUCUUGGUGCCAGGAGACUUGACUGACGAGGACACCGUGAAGAAAACCGUUGAAGAGACCGUUGCUCAUUUUGGGCGCCUGGACAUUCUCGUUAACAGUGCAGGAAUCCUCGCUAUGGGCACUAUAGAGACCACCGACUUGGCACAAUAUGAUAAAGUGAUGAAUGUUAACGUCAGAUCAGUUUAUUACCUUACACACUUGUGUGUGCCGCACUUGAUUCAAACCAAGGGCUCUAUUGUAAACGUGUCCAGUGUAAAUGGCCAACGAUCAUUUCCUGGAGUGCUUGCAUACUGCAUGUCCAAGUCUGCUAUUGACCAGUUUACACGCUGUGUCGCUCUUGAGCUGGCACCAAAGCAAGUACGAGUCAACUCUGUUGGGCCCGGUGUGAUAAUAACAGAGGUCCACAAGCGUGCAGGUCUAGAUGAAGAACAGUAUAAACAGUUUCUUGAGAAGUGUAAAGUCACGCAUGCCCUUGGCCGACCCGGUGAGGUGGGGGAAGUGGCUCAGGCGAUUGCCUUCCUGGCCUCAGAUGCUGCUACCUUUAUUACAGGUGUGACUCUCCCGGUAGACGGAGGCCGUCAUGCCAUGUGUCCACGAUAGUCACAUCGCUCCAAAAAAUCAGAUUUUUAAUUUAAAAAAAUAAUUUCUUGUAGUAAAGAGUCUUGGGUAAAUCAUUCAUAAAUUUUUGACUCUUCUUGUUUUUCUCUGUUCUCCCAUACACAAAUGAAUUAGACUGUAUUUCAUUAUGAUUAGGUGAUAAAGGAUACACUUUUCCUGUAGGUCUGCAAAGGACAGCAUCUUUCACAAUUCUAAAAUCACUUCUUUCAAAUAAUCAAAAUUAAAGUGAAUAAACUGAUUUAUAAUUGACACUUUAUUUAAUGAAUCACAAGUUUGCCAGUAACCUCACAGGUA